CUAUCUACCAUCCAACCAGAGAUAUAGUUAUCUCAUUAAUGUUUACAAAUUGAAAAGUAAAGCUCCUGUUCGGGGGUUGCAGCACACUUUGAUUCACAACUGCAGCUUGUUAGAGAAACCACACUAUCUGAACUGUUCAACAUGGUACGACUCUCAAGCAUGAGCAGCCAGCUGUGGCUACUGUGUCUGUUUCUUGUAUUUAUCCAGACUCGGGCACAAAUUCCUCCUAACAAGCUUCCUGGAGAUACUAACAAAAUACUCACAGUGAAUAACAGCCAGUGUAUUCAGUGUCCCCAGGGUCCCAAGGGAUAUGCAGGUGAUAACGGCCCCCAGGGGAUACAAGGACCAAAAGGACAGAAAGGAGAGAAAGGAUAUGUCACAACAAUAACCAAAUAUGCAUCCCCACCAAAGAUUGCAUUUACUGCCAAACUGACUAAACACCACCCAGAUACCACUACACUGCAUACUGUGAGAUAUGACACAGUUGUCACCAAUUUCGGGGACGGUUUCAACAAAUACACAGGUAUAUUUUCUGUCCCAAUGGCUGGAACAUACUUUUUCAUUUUUCACGGAUUAACAAACUCCAACAAAAGUUCCCACAUGGAGCUUGUGAAAAAUGGAGAACAGAUCACCAGUGGGUAUGGGAAUUCUGCUCAGGGCUCUGGAAAAUUUGCCACGAUAAGCAACAGUGCCAUCCUUGAGGUCAGACGUGGAGAUAAGAUGUGGGUGCAAGCUAGUGGCGGAGGAGUCUAUGGUUAUCAAAAGGCUCCUCAUGCAAGUUUCAGUGGUUAUCUCAUCUAUGCCAAUGAAGACAUUUCAUGAGUGGUAACAAAAAAUAGUUUUAAAAUAGUGCCAUGUUAAGCACUGGGAUCUAUAUGACUGAACUUAAUGGUUUUCUUAAUAACACUAACGUCUCGAAAUUUCAAAUGUACUUUGAUUUUUCAGUAAAUUCUUUUAUGUUUAAAUUAAAAAUUAAAAAUGGUUUCAAUCUAAAUAUCUUGUUAUUGAUACCAGUGUGGUAUAUUCCACCACUCAACCUGAUUUGACAAUCAAAAUAUAAAAUGACUAAAUUUUGACAAUCAAGUUAUUUUUCGGAAUUUUAAAAUGACUUCAUCUCUGUUGUUAGAAUAACAUAACCAGAUAUAUACAUACACAAACCUAUUGCUUGACCAAAAAUGAUGGAAAUGGAAAAAUGUAAAAAAGGUUUCAAUAUUCAAAAGUAAUAAAUACUUCUUUUAAGUAAUCUGCCAUUUAUUGACCUGCAUUAUCUUGUUCCACAGUUGACGUAGCAGCAAAAGCCAUGUUGAUCAGAGGUGAAUUAAUACAAUUAAUUUAUACAGUAAUAGCGUAAUCCUUCAGCUAGAGGCGAGAGAGAAGGUUUGGGUCGAGACGAAUGAAGGAGGGGUGUAUGGUCACUCAACCACCAUCAUGCAUCUUUUAGUGGAUAUCUAAUUUUUUAAAACAAGGCAGCAAAGCUGUCAUUACAAAGGUAUAGUUUGACAUAUAGAUGGCAAAACUGACAGAAAAUGAUGAAAAAAAAAUGAAAGUGCACGAAAUGUUCGUCAAUUCAGAUGAAGUAUUACUUAAUCAUGGUUCCUCUAGCAAUAUUAUUAACAACUUCCUGGAGAUUCAUUGACUUUUGAGCCUCUAAUUCACGUACAUGUACAGUACAGGGUGAGCUUCUACUGUACCAUGUAUAAGCGGACUAGCAUUCAACAUGUAAACCUAUUGUUGAUUAAUAAUUAUAUAAUGUUGUUUGCUUUAAAUCAGUUUCAAAGUGUGAAUACACCCCCUCCUCCCCAACCAAACAACAAGGUCCUUUUUCAUAAGAUAAGGCUUCGUUCACAUGCAAUGUCU